CCAAGACUAAGCUUUCUUAUGGCCAUGGAAAUACCACCAACUUCUCUAGCAUUCAAGGUCCGUAGGAGAGAACCAGAGCUAGUGGCCCCUGUUAAGCCCACCCCUCGAGAGUUAAAGCCGUUGUCGGACAUCGACGAUCGAGAGGGUCACCGAUUCGAAUAUCCGAUGAUCCUGCUAUACCGAUAUAACCCUUCCAUGAAAGGGAAGGAUCCUGCCAGGAUUAUUAGAGAUGCACUUGCCAAGACUCUAGUGUUUUACUAUCCGUUUGCCGGUAGGCUAAGGGAAGGGCCUAAUCGAAAACUCUCCGUCGAUUGCACCGGCGAAGGCGUGUUGUUUAUCGAAGGAGAUGCCGAUGUUACACUUGAGGAAUUCGGGGAUGAGCUUCUACCACCUUUUCCAUGCAUGGAUGAGCUUCUUUAUGAUGUUGAAGGUUCUGGCGGAGUGCUGAAUUGCCCCCUCCUUCUAAUCCAGGUAACACGAUUAAAAUGCAACAGUUUUAUUUGUGCUAUCCGUCACAACCACACCAUGAGUGAUGCGGUCGGGUGGUUGCAGUUUAUGACCGCCGUUGGUGAAAUGGCCCGAGGUGCCUCGUCUCCCACCAUCACCCCCGUUUGGGAAAGACAUCUUCUAAACGCACGAAACCCACCUCGAGUAACGUAUACACAUCACGAGUUCGAUCAACAGUCGAGUGAUGAAGAAACCAUUCAACCAGGCAAAAUGGUUCAUCUCUCUUUCGUCUUCGGAUCCAAUGAACUCUCAUCUCUUCGUAGAUUGCUUCCCUCACACCACCACCAACAUUGUUCCACAUUUGACAUCUUAACCGCAUGCCUGUGGCAAUGCCACACAAAAGCCUUACAACGUGACCCCAAGGAACAUGUUUGCCUUAUUUGCAUUGUAAACGCACGUUCUAAGUUUAAUCCUCGGUUACCUUCGGGGUACUACGGCAACGUAACAGCCUAUCCGGCAACCGUAACGACUGCGGGGACACUGUGCCAGAGUCCAUUGGUGGAUGUUAUAGAGCUAGUGAAACGGACCAAGGGAAAGGUAACGGAAGAGUACAUGAAGUCGAUGGCGGAUUUCCUGGCGACUAAUGGCCGACCUGCCCUCGCCUUGAACAGGUCUUUCUUGGUGUCGGACGUGACGAAAAUCGAUUUCGGAGAUAUUGAUUUCGGUUGGGGCAAGCCAGUGUAUGGUGGGCAAGCCAAUGUUAUGGAUGGAAAACAUCUUUUACCAUAUAAGAACAAGGAAGGAGAAGAUGGGAUUGUGAUCCCACUUUGCUUGCCUGCCCCAAUUAUGGAGAGAUUUGUUAGUGAGCUGAAUAGCAUGUUAAAGAACGAGAAGCAUAGUUGCAAUUCUGAUGAUAUCAAGUCGAAUUUAUAA